GCCGGGGCAACACGCGGCUGGCGACUGCCCCCACACUCGUCGGCGGCAGCGUCGUGGCGUCCCGCUCCGUGCGGCCGACCUAAAUCCGCUGAACUCAGAAACGAGACCACCGGAACGAAAAAACGAACGGCUUGGGACCAACGGCCCGACCGACCCGUCGUCUGUCGCGGCCCACCAAACCCCGCGGCCCGAAGGACCGACCCCCGUUCCAUCCCCAGAUCUCCAACCCGAACCACCCGCCCGCGCCGCCCGAUGGCCGCUACCACCUCGCCGUCGACGGCGGCGGCGGCAGCCUGGGCCUUCGCCGCCGCCACCUGCGUCAAGAUCCUGCUCGUCCCCACAUACCGCUCCACCGACUUCGACGUCCACCGCUACUGGCUCGCCCUCACGCACGCCCUCCCCGCGCGGCAGUGGUACACCGACGCCUCCUCCGAGUGGACGCUCGACUACCCGCCCUUCUUCGCCUCCUUCUCCCGCCUCCUCUCCGUCCCUGCGCCGCUCGUCGACGCAUCUCUCGUCUCCCUCCCCGUGCCCGCCGCGCCACCCUUCGCCCACCUCCUGUACCUACGCCUCACCGUCGCAUUCUCCGACCUCCUACUCCUCGCAUCCGCUCUUCUGCUGGCGCGGGACGCGCGGCGGAGGCGGCGGCCGUUCCUCGCCCUCGCGCUCGUCCUGUGGUCACCUGCGCUGCUCGCCGUGGAUCACGUCCACUUCCAGUAUAACGGGUUCCUGAUGGGGCUUCUGCUGCUCUCGCUGCACUUCCUUGAGCAGGGGAGGGAUCUUGCCGGGGGAAUCGUGUUUGCUGCGUUGCUGUGCUCGAAGCAUCUGUUCCUCGUGGCUGCUCCGGUGUACUUUGUGUAUUUGUUCCGGCAUUAUUGCUGCGGCCGGGGUGUCGUGAGGGGGCUGGGGAGGCUCUUGCUGAUGGGUGCUGGAGUGGCUGCUGUUUUCGCCGCGGCAUUUGCGCCCUUCGUGUACUAUGGGCAGAUGCAACAACUCUUUAACCGAUUGUUUCCCUUUGGGCGAGGCCUGUGCCAUGCAUACUGGGCCCCAAACUUUUGGGUAUUCUAUAUAAUACUCGACAAGAUCCUUGCAUUUCUUCUUAGAAGACUAGGCUUCAAUAUCCUGAUACCUGAAGCUUCAUUUACCGGGGGGAUCGUUGGUGAUUCGUCUCCUUUCGCUGUUCUUCCCAAGGUCACCCCAAUUGCUACAUUCUUAUUGGUCAUACUUGCCAUGACUCCUUGUCUUAUCAAAUCAUUCUCUAACCCUCAACCAAAGCAUAUAGUUAGAUGGGUGUCAUAUGCUUGUACAUGUGGAUUUAUGUUUGGAUGGCAUGUGCAUGAGAAGGCAUCACUUCAUUUCAUUAUCCCGCUUGCCCUACUUGCCAUGGAUAGUUUGGACAAUGCCAGGCAUUACUUUUUGUUGUCCAUAGUUUCAUGCUACUCUCUGUUUCCAUUGCUGUUUGAGAACCAAGAGUACCCGAUAAAGGUGCUGCUGCUGUUGACCUAUGCUACCCUCAUGUGGGUGGGUUUUUCGUCCCACUUUGCUGUAAAGUCUGUUCAUGAAGGAAAGAAAGCAAAUCAAUCCAGCAGCACGGUGAAGAAAGAUGGCUUCAUUGGGUGGAUUGGUUUGAGCUAUCUUUUGGGAAUUGCAGCUAUAGAGUUAUGGUCUCGAGUAUUUCACCGCCAUGUAUUCGGUGAUAGACUUCCCUUCCUACCUCUCAUCAUGGUGUCAUUCAGCUGUGGCAUCGGGAUGAUAUACUCAUGGAUGUGGCAACUCGUAUGGAUAGUCAGAUACACUUGAUACGAUUUCCGGUGAUAAAUACAAGUAUUCUCUUGCCUCUCUAUGGAGUUGGGUGACUUGCCGCCUUGACUGAUGCAUGGACAACAUUGUCAUGACUGGGACAACAUUUCUUAUAGUUACUAAAGUCAUUGCUUGUGUGGUAAAUUUUGGAGAUGUAAUCUUGUCACGAUGUGAUAUUAUUUUUUUAACAGCUGCUUGUUGUUAGGAAUAUAGAGUUAUUAUCCCUUA